GACAGAACACGACAGAGAGUAUAUAGCGCUUCACUCAGAUAUUCGCGUUCUGAAAAUCGUCAAAACAAUUCCCUCCAUUUUACUUCUACACCUUCGCUCUCCCUCUCUAAAAGGAAGUACGAGUCAAUUCGUAUAAACUAUUUCAACUGGAGUGUUAUAAACAUCCUCGAUCCUCAUCAUGUACAUCAAGCAGGUUAUAAUAGAAGGAUUUAAGAGUUACAGGGAGCAAAUUGUAACUCAACCUUUUAGUUCCAAAGUCAACUGUGUUGUUGGUGCUAAUGGGUCUGGCAAGUCUAAUUUUUUCCAUGCAAUACGUUUUGUGAUAAGCGACCUAUUCCAUAAUCUACGCAGCGAAGAAAGGCAAGCAUUGCUUCAUGAAGGUGCAGGCCACCAAGUGUUAUCUGCUUUUGUGGAGAUUGUAUUCGAUAACUCCGACAACCGCAUUCCUGUUGAUAAGGAUGAAGUGCGUCUUAGGAGAACUAUUGGUGUGAAGAAAGAUGAAUAUUUUUUGGAUGGAAAGCAUAUUACGAAGACAGAAGUUAUGAACCUGCUGGAAAGUGCUGGAUUUUCUCGUUCUAAUCCUUAUUAUGUUGUGCAGCAGGGGAAAAUAGCAUCAUUAACACUGAUGAAGGACUCUGAGCGACUUGAUCUGCUGAAGGAAAUUGGUGGGACACGAGUUUAUGAGGAGAGACGACGUGAAAGUUUGAAAAUCAUGCAAGAAAGUGGUAACAAGAAAAAGCAAAUUAGUCAAGUUGUUGAAUACUUAGAUGAGAGACUUCGAGAGCUGGAUGAAGAGAAAGAGGAAUUGAGAAAAUAUCAGCAGCUUGAUAAGCAGCGAAAAUCUCUUGAAUACACGAUCUAUGACAAGGAACUUCAUGAUGCAAAGCAGAGAUUGUCCGAGAUAGAAGAGGCUCGUACCAAGGUGUCUGAAACAUCUAUGAAGAUGCACAAUAGUGUGAUGGAUGCCCAUGAAAAGUCCAAGGAAUUGGAUAAGUCACUUAAAGAUCUGGGUAAAGAAGUUCAAAUUUUAAGCAAAGAGAAAGAAGCAAUUGAGAAACAACGGACAGAAGCUAUUAAGAAGCGUGCAAAGCUUGAGCUUGAUGACAAAGACCUGAAAGAGAAGAUCACUGGCAACACCAAAGCGAAGGAAGAUGCAGUGAGACAGCUUGAGCUUUUGGAGAAAGAAAUUCAGGAAUCUACUGGCGAGCUCAAUAGAAUCAUGUAUUUGCAUGGGGAUCAGGUCAAAAAGGAGGAAGAUUUGACACGAGAGAUUAUGAAGCGUGAAAAGCAACUUAGCAUGCUGUAUCAGAAACAAGGUCGUGCAACCCAGUUUGCUAGUAAAGCUGCUCGUGACCAGUGGCUUCAAAAAGAAAUUAAGGACUAUGAGCAAGUUUUAUCUUCAAAUCGAGCACAGGAGCAAAAACUUAAGAAUGAGAUUGAGCAGCUAGAGAAAGAUAUCAGAGAGCAGGAUGCCUAUAUCACAGGCCGGAAAAAUGAAGCAGCAUCAUUGGAGACUCACAUUUUUGGAUAUAGAGAAAAAUACAAUCAGUAUAGAGUGAAGAGAGACGAGCUACACGAUGAGCGGAAGUCAUUGUGGGGAAGAGAAAGUGAACUUACUGCUGAAAUUGAACAGCUCAAAACAGAAGUUGCAAAAGCAGAGAAAAGUCUUGAUCAUGCAACUCCUGGGGAUAUAAGAAGAGGACUAAAUUCGGUUAGGAAGAUAUGUAGAGAGUAUGAAAUUUCUGGAGUAUUUGGUCCAAUUUUUGAGUUGCUAGAUUGUGAUGAAAGAUUUUUCACAGCUGUUGAAGUUACUGCUGGAAACAGUUUAUUUCAUGUGGUGGUUGAAAAUGAUGAAAUAUCGACCCAGAUAAUUAGACACCUUAAUGCACAGAAAGGUGGACGAGUUACAUUCAUACCAUUAAACAGGGUGAAAGCUCCACAUGUUACUUAUCCACAGAGCUCUGAUGUGAUACCGCUUUUAAAAAAGCUGAGAUUCUCCCGGGAAUAUAACUCAGCAUUUGCUCAGGUGUUUUCAAAAACUGUAAUUUGUCGAGAUUUGGAUGUUGCUACACGGGUGGCCCGAACAAAUGGUCUAGAUUGCAUCACUUUGGAAGGUGAUCAAGUAAACAAAAGAGGUGGCAUGACUGGAGGCUUCUAUGAUUAUAGGCGUUCAAAACUGAAAUUCAUGAACACUAUUAGACAGAAUACAAAUUCUAUAAACGAGAAGCAAAAGGAAUUGGAGAUAGUUAGAUCUAAAAUUCAAGAGAUUGACCAGAAAAUCAAUGAACUAGUGUCCGAGCAGCAGAAAAAUGAUGCCAAGCUGGCUCAUGAAAAAUCUGAAUUGGAACAGCUAAGGCAGGAUGCUGCUAAUGCUGAGAAGCAGAAACAAUCCAUUUCCAAGUCACUUGAGAAGAAAGAGAAGUUGCUCAUCAAUAUAUUGAGUCAAAUUGAUCAGAAUAGAGCUAAUAUUGAUAUGAAACGAGAUGAAAUGGGAACCGAACUUGUCGAUCACUUGACACCGGUGGAGAAAGAGCUCCUCUCUAGGUUGAACCCUGAAAUAACAAAUCUGAAGGAGGAGCUAAUUUCCUGCAGGAGUAACCGCAUGGAGACUGAAACAAGAAAAUCAGAGCUCGAGAUGAAUCUAUCUACAAAUCUUGUUAGGCGAAAGGAAGAGUUGGAGGCUAUAAAAUUAUCUGCAGAGACUGACACGUUACGUGGCGAAGCUGAUUUGAAAAGACAGGAAUUGGUGGAUGUAGAUUCAUUGGUCCAGAGUUUGACUCAACAACUUAAGAGAGUUUCUGAUAGCAUAAAUGAGCGAAACAAGAAACUGAAGCAGAUCAAAGAUGACAAGGAUAAUUUCAAGAAUUUGGAAGACAGGUACAAAAAUACCCUGAAAGAUGAAGAAAAGGAACUGGAGCAACUAUUGAGUAAGAAGAAUAUGUUUCUGGCCAAACAAGAGGAAUACUCAAAGAAGAUCCGGGAUCUGGGUCCUUUAUCUUCUGAUGCUUUUGAAAUAUACAAGAGAAAAAACAUAAAAGAACUGCAUAAACUGCUGCACAAGUGUAAUGAACAACUUCAGCAAUUCAGCCAUGUAAAUAAAAAGGCACUCGAUCAAUAUGUAAAUUUCACAGAACAACGGGAAGAGCUCCAAAGAAGACAAGCUGAAUUGGAGGCAGGUGAUAAGAAAAUCCAAGAGCUUAUAGCAGUUUUGGAUAUGAGGAAGGAUGAAUCCAUUGAGCGGACCUUUAAAGGUGUGGCUAAGCAUUUUCGAGAUGUGUUCUCAGAACUUGUGCAAGGAGGCCAUGGAUUUUUAGUAAUGAUGAAGAAAAAGGACAUUGAUGACGUUGAGAAUGAUCAAGAUGAUGAUGAGCCUCGCACAGCGGACACGGAAGGAAGGGUUGAAAAAUACAUUGGUGUCAAAGUCAAGGUUUCUUUUACUGGGCAAGGAGAGACACAGUCGAUGAAACAAUUGUCCGGGGGUCAGAAAACUGUAGUGGCACUGGCACUAAUCUUUGCCAUUCAGCGAUGUGACCCUGCCCCAUUUUAUCUUUUUGAUGAGAUAGAUGCUGCUCUGGAUCCUCAGUACAGAACUGCUGUGGGAAAUAUGGUUCGUCGUCAGGCAGACACGGCUAGCACCCAGUUCAUAACCACGACAUUUCGCCCGGAGUUAGUUAAGGUGGCUGACAAGAUAUAUAGCGUCUCACAUAAAAAUAGAGUUAGCCAUGUUUAUGUUUCCACCAAGGAAGAAGCUUUGCAAUUUAUUGAGGAGGAUCAGUCGCACAACGUUUGAAUGAGCGACAAUGGAAAGCCUUCACGAGGACAGAACAUGACCAUUAUGAGAUCUUUGUGGGAUGUGUAAAUCCUUUGUAAACAUUAUUAGUAGGUACUUCCGGAGGUUGAUUUUAAUCUUUAAAUUUUUUUCUCAAUGCCCAUGUACAGUGUUGAUGAAUCAGAUGCUGACGUUCUGUUGACAAGUAUUUCUUUCUUAGAACUACAAGGAUGUUACUUCUCUUCAGGUGUUAACUCUUUUCUAGAAAUCUGCUUGUGUAUAAUAAAUAUUAAAAGGUUAGCGUACAAUAUUUACAGAAUUUUGUUUUA